AUGUGCAUUUCUCAAGAUACGAGUUUUUACUAUGUAACAAUUGCUGUCAUUAUUGCAACAUCACUGUUUUAUUGUAGGAAAUAUAUAAGAGGCACACGAUUUGAAGAGAGCGUUCGAGCGGAUGGGAAGAUCGUUGCCGUCACAGGUGCUAACUCCGGUAUUGGCCAAGCUAUAACUGCUGAGCUCAAUCGGCGUGGUGCAACCGUGUAUAUGCUGAUCCGGGAUAAACAACGAGGCGUGGAAUGUAUAAAGAGACUGGAAAAGGAGGGAUGUGAUCCAAAGAGGCUUAUUAUUCGCUAUCUGGAUUUGGCUGUUCUCAGCUCUGUGAGGGAUUUCGUGGAGGAAUUUCGCAAAGAAGUGCCUCGUCUCGACAUCCUCAUCUGCAAUGCUGGUGUCCUGUGUGUGCCAACUUUCACAAAAACUGUCGAUGGAUUCGAAAAAACGUGGCAAUGUAACUACUUAGGUCACUUUCUGCUCACACAACUUCUAUUGCCUUUAUUAUCCAAAUCAUGUGACGGACGUAUCAUUAAUAUAUCAUCAGUUCUGUAUGAAUUUGCAGAUAGCGUGAGUUUUGACGUUGUAAACGAUCCUGCUCGUUAUGGUGGCAUGAUGGCUUACAGUAGAAGCAAAUUGGCGCAGAUUAUGUACACGAAAUAUCUUGCAAAGCUUUUGGAACAAGAGAAUUCCCCCAUUACGGUUACUGUAUGCCACCCAGGAAGUGUUGAUACAAACAUCCUCAAAGAAUCCGGAUUCCAAUGGGUCCGUGUAGUAUUCAGGCCGUUAAUGUGGUUCGUGCUGAAGACGAAGGAUGAUGGUGCACAAAUGCCCCUCUUUCUAGCACUCAGUGAGAAGCUACAGAACAGUAAUGGACAAUACUUCAGGUGA